CAAAUCUGUGUUUCUGGAAAGGACCUUUCUGGAAAUUAAGAUGUGAAUUAUGAGUAAUCCACACUCGUAUAUAGUAUAGUAUGUGGUUAUUCCUCUAAUUGCAUUUAUGUGAAUAAGACGCAAAUCUAAGGGCCGGUUGUUAUUUUCAUAAGUUGACAUUGGUUAUGAUCCGAUCAACUAUGAAUGUCAAAAUUUAAUCGUAGAAGUUUUAGUUGUUGCUAAGCUGGUUGUAACCAUAAAGUUGUUACUGUAUAUUUUUUUUGCAAAGAUUUUUGAUGUAGUUAAAUUUGUUGUAAGUGUAAACUAUAGAACAUGUAAAUUUUAAAAUAAAAUAUGUGAUGUAUAUAUAAAAUAAUUAUUUUUAUCAAUUAAUAUAAUUUAUAUUAAUAAUUUUUAUAAUUUAUCAAAAUUUAAUGUUAUUUAAAAUGUGAUAUGUAAAUAAUAUAUUGCAAUUUUUUUGGCGAGAUAGUUUUUUUAGAUUGAAAGGGAGCAUUGUUGGAAGUAAACCACACACUCUACUACCUGAAAAAUUGAAGCUUUUUUACCAAAAAAAAAUUGAAGCUUUGGUUUUGGUUUUUAACUUACCUAUUGCUGCUUAUGUUCUGACUGUUUUUGUUCAAACUAAGUUGUUUCAUAAACUUAAGACUAUUGCAGAGCCGGCCGUUGGGCCAAGCCUAUGAAACAGGGGCUUCCAGCCAACACAUUUAUUGAUAAAAUUUGGCCACAAUUGUUCAAAUAAUUACCUUAGUCUACCAUAUAAUCUUGAGUACAUGGUAUUUGAAAGGACAAACUCGGGUAUGAAUAUUGUAAAAACCAUAUUUUUUAGAGAAACAACCAUAUAUUUUUGUUUUUGCUUAUAGCCAUGUAAUUUCUUGGACCGGCUCUAGACUAUUGGUUAGAAUAUAAAAACCAAGUCAGAGCCUUAGACCCUUUGAUGUUAGAUAUGGUGAAGACUGACCCAGUAGUAACAACACAAAAGAUCAGUUGUAUUUUUGGACCCUUUGAUCCAAAUUUCAAGUAACUAUCACGACAAAGGCUUACCGACCAAAACUUGUUUUAUUGUGUACUUCUUUGAACUUAGCACACCUUUUAUUUGGUACUAGGUAACUGGAUGUAUAGAUCAGACAUUACAAUUUCAUUCUCCAUGAAUAAUUCACGAGAUAUAGUUGUUUGUUUGUUUUUGUGGUCCUAAAAGAAUUAAUCUUGUUGUAUAUCAAGUCUUUCUACUCGGUCUACAAAGUACAAACCUUUUUUUUUUGUUCCACAGAUUCUCUUGUUCUUGUGUGCCCAGUGACGUCUACUAUAAAAGGCAAAAAAAAAAUCAUUGUUGCAUGCAGUGGCUGUUCACUGUUCAGACUCUUGAAAGGUGUCUCUCACUUUCAAUUUCUAGCAUUAGCACCAAAACGCAAAUCUUGAUUUUGCAGAUUGACAAUGUGCAUGCAUGAUGACUCCCUCUCUCUCACACACAUGCACAAGAGAAGUAAAAACUGUCAUUAAAUUCUCCUGACUCAACCAUCUCGCUCUCUAUCUCUAUCUGACAAAAACACAAAUGCAAUUUACAGUUAUCAUUUAUCACAACAACUACCUCUUCUCUCUCUCUCUCUCUUUUCUCUAAGGGAAAUUAAUCAAAACUAGCAUUGUCUUCACUUCAGAGAGACACAUUCAAAGAAUGGCGUCUCCCUUCUCUUCCUGCAAACAAAAACAUGCAUUCCUCUCCUCUCUUCUUCUUUUUCUUUCUCUACUCCUGCUCAUUUCUUCUUCCGCAGCUAAUCUCUCUUUCAACUUCUACGGCAGUUCAUGCCCUGGAGCUGAAUUUAUCGUCAGAAACACCGUUAGAUCAGCUUCUUCCUCUGAUCCAUCAGUCCUUGGGAAGCUCCUCCGUCUUGUCUUCCAUGACUGUUUCGUCCAGGGUUGUGAUGCGUCAGUGUUGGUUCGAGGGAACGGUACAGAGAGAAGCGACCCUGGAAACGCGUCCUUAGGAGGUUUUGAUGUAAUAGAAAGCGCCAAAAAUGUACUAGAAAUCUUCUGUCCGGGCAUAGUCUCCUGCGCCGAUGUCCUUGUUCUUGCUGCUAGAGACGCCGUCGAAGCUCUCGGUGGACCGGUAGUUGCAAUACCGACAGGGAGGAGAGACGGGACUGUCUCAGCGGCGGAAAAUGUCAGACCAAACAUCAUUGAUACCGACUUCACAGUUGAUAAGAUGAUCAAUAUCUUUUCCUCCAAAGGCUUAUCUGUUCAAGAUCUUGUCGUUCUCUCAGGAGCCCAUACUGUUGGUGCUGCGCACUGCAACACAUUCAACAGCAGGUUUACGAGAGAUCCUAGAGGCAACUUCGAGCUCAUAGACGCGUCUCUCGACAACUCCUACGCGCAGACACUUCUGAACAAGUGUUCAUCUUCUAUGGAUCCGACGACUACGGUCGUAAACAACGAUCCAGAGACAUCGUCCACGUUCGACAAUCAGUACUACAAGAACUUGUUGGCGCACAAGGGUCUGUUCCAGACGGAUUCUGCUCUCAUGGAAGAUGAUCGGACUAGGAAGAUUGUCGAGAUUCUGGCGAACGAUGAGGAGAGUUUUUUGGAGAGAUGGACCGAGUCGUUUAUGAAGAUGAGUGUGAUUGGUGUGAGAGUUGGUGAAGAAGGUGAGAUCAGACGUUCUUGUUCUUCUGUAAAUUAAACAGAGAGGUUGGCUGAAUUCAGACAGAGGAGCAAAACUGCAAUAUAGUUUGUUGUGUCUUACUUACUGCUGUUAAUUUUAGUACCACAAUUUCUUUAAUUUGUUUAUGUUCAGUUCUUUUUACUAAAAUGUUAAUUUUGUUAUUUACCAACAACAAUUUAAUAAAGGGAAACAUAAUUUCA